CACAUUCGUGACACACCCACACAGGACCCCCUCCCCUCCCCCAGCCCAACUGGCAAACUUUUGUAUCCACUCACACAGAGAGAGCCGAAUGGGUUAUUGAAUGACGACAAACCCAAUCUAGGAUUCUACUCCAGAUUUCCUUUUGUUCUUUUUCCCGCAACAGUCCACUCCACUCCACUCCCCUCCCUAAAUACCCAGUCUUUUCUUUCACUCCAUAACCCACUCAUUCAUUCAUCAUUCUUCUCUCCUUUUCGACUACACAAGAAAGAAGAAAAAAAAAAACCCCUUGGGAGAUCCUUCGCCAGAGGCUAGGAAGCCACAAUGAAUGGCAUUUUAGCUGCUUCAGAGUGCAGCAGUGGUUGCGAGUCCGGUUGGACUCUGUACUUGGACCCCUCUUUUCUCACCCCAUUUCCUUCACUCAAAGGCAAUGACCUUGUUUACAGUAAAGGAAAAGUGGGAGAUGAGGAGGAAGAAGAGGAGGAAGAGGACUCGUCUAUGGUUUCGGACGCGUCUUCCGGGCCUCCGAUUCUCCAGGAGGAUUGUGAGUAUGGAAAUUCUGGCAAUGGGUGCUUUUGUCGCGCACCCAUUGAGGAGAAAAACAGGGGAAAGGGGAAGAAGAGCGGGGAGAAUGGGCGUCGGAGAUUCGAAGAACAUUCUUCUUUACUUGAUGACACGGCUAGCUCCCCUAUCUUCAAUUUCUCCCAACAAUUGAACAAUAAUAAUUACACAGUACCUAGUAAUCAAGCUUCAAUGGAGAAUAUCUUGGAUUUUUCAGAGAGUUGCUCUGGAACCCAUUUUGAGGUGAGGUCUGCAUUGCAUGAGCCAUUUGGUUUCUUCCAGUCUUCUCUCCCUGGAAACCAACUGCAGCAGAACCAGUGGUUUAGAGAGAAGAUGGGGAUGAGAUGAGGAGAUUUCCAAGCAGAGCUGCUGUUGGGUGAUGGAAGACUGUUGUUAUGGGAGUUGCUUAAUGCUUAGAGAGAGAAAAAGGAUAGUAGGAGGGAUCCGGGGACCCUGUAGUGCACCCUUGCAGUACAGGGUGCUAGGUCCAUUGUACGAGAGUGUCAUCAAAGCGAACGGAAUUGGAUGUUGCGCUACAGGGUGCUAGGUCCGUAGUAGAGAGUGUUUAUCAAAGCAAAAGGAAUUGGAUCUGCAAAAGGGAUAUUGUUUUUUUUUUUUUUCCCUUUUUCCUUUUGUUUUUGCUGUCAAUGAAGUGGGAAACAGCCUGAGAGAAAAAAGAAGAGGGAAAUAAAUUUCCUGUUUCCUUAAGAAUUUAAUUUCCUUGUUGAUGAACAGUGGCUACAUAUGAGAUGAUCUAGUGUUUUGGACAGUCAGUCUCUGUGCAGCCAUGCCUAAACCAUUGUUUUUUC